UGUUACACCUCCGCAACUCGACGAUUUCUCCCCUCGCUUUAAAUGCUCGCAUCAUUGAUCGGUUGCGAGAACAUCACAAAGCAUCUGUCAUCACACCUAUAACAUCAUAAUCUCAUCUCGCCAAAAAGCUUCCGGUAGCUAGGUUAACAUUGACAGAUUUUUGUGUAGGGGCGGCAGAACGCGGGAGAGCCAACUUGAAGUUUCUCAUGAGGAGUUUGUUAGGUCGAUGCGCCGGGAACGCCUAUACAUACUCGGAGUUGAUAACACUCAGUAGCAGAACGUGAAGCCAGCGGUCUGUUCCUCCGUGUGAGUGGACGCUAAGUUACAUACUAUCAAUAAGUUGCGCUUAGGAUUUCGGUAUCGUAGUCGUAGCGUUCUGUUGCUUUUAUAUUUUUAGUCGGAUAUUUUAGUUUUGGGACAAAGAAAUGCGGUGAAGUUGUGAACACUUUAUGACAGAUGUGAGAUAUAUUUUUGACCAGUUUGGACAUUAGGGACCAUAUUCAAGGAAUAUUGUGAUACAUAUAUUGACUCAUCGCUCGUACUAAUAAGAUUGUUGCGUCCAGGAUUUCUCAGAUGACAAUCUCGAGAAAGGCGUGAGAGUUAUAAGAGGUUGACGUCUCUUCGGUAAAAGCAUGUCAUCGCGAUUUGCUCAGAAUCUCAAACAUCAGACUCCCGUACUCGGCAGAAUGAUAGGAAAAAAUGACGAGGAAAAGUCCUUCGUGAAACAUGAGAUUCUUGACGAGUACGAUGCAGACGAGGAUCAGAGGAGUAAGGCUUCUAUGUGCCCAAAAUGUAAGCCAUGGAACGUGACCAAGAGAUACACCGUGGCUCUGCUCUCGAGUGUUGGCUUCCUCAUCUCAUUCGGCAUCCGGUGUAACCUGGGCGUGGCUGUGGUACAGAUGAUAGCCAACAAGACCAGAUCCUUUAACGACUCAAAUGGGACAAUGGAAGUGAUAGAACACGAACCGGAGUUCGACUGGUCACCUGGGGUUAUUGGGAUGAUUGACAGCUCGUUCUUUUGGGGUUAUAUCGUCACGCAGGUCCCUGGAGGGUAUAUCGCCUCCAAGUAUCCAGCCAACAGGGUGUUUGGGUGUGCUAUAGCAUCGACUGCUUUUCUAAACCUUCUAGUCCCUGGGGCGGCCAAAGUUCAUUACGGUCUUGUAAUGGCAGUCAGAAUAGUUCAGGGACUUGUCGAGGGUACGACGUAUCCGGCUUGUCAUGGCAUCUGGCGCCAUUGGGCCCCACCUCUCGAGAGAUCUCGUCUAGCUACGAUAUCAUUUUGUGGUUCGUACGCUGGAGCCGUGCUGGGCAUGUCGCUGUCCGGGGCCCUGACACAGUGGCUGGGCUGGCAAGCUUGCUUCUAUUUCUAUGGUGCCUUUGGGUUGAUAUGGUUCUGCGUCUGGAUGACCUUUUCGUUUGAGAAGCCUGCCACUCACCCGACCAUCUCAGAGGAAGAGAAGAUAUACAUUCAGACAUCAAUAGGGGAGAGCCAGUCGGACGCUGCUAAGAAUGCUAAGACUCCAUGGAAGGCUUUCUUCACAUCAAUGCCAGUUUAUGCCAUCAUCGUGGCUAACUUCUGCCGAAGUUGGUCUUUCUACCUUCUUAUCAUCAGUCAACCCACAUACUUCGACCAUGCUUUCCACUUUAACCUGCAAAAAAGCGGUAUCUUGUCAGCCCUGCCACAUCUUGUAAUGGCCACGAUCGUACCAAUCGGAGGCCAGUUUGCCGACUUCCUCCGCUAUCGCCGCAUUCUCACAACGACCAACGUCAGAAAGAUAUUUAACUGCGGAGGUUUUGGUUUGGAGGCUUGUUUCCUCCUGGGAGUGGGAUACACACGUGACACAGCGACAGCCAUCACAUGUCUGACUAUAGCAGUGGGAUUCAGUGGCUUUGCCAUCUCGGGUUAUAACGUAAACCACCUUGACAUAGCACCCCGGUACGCCAGUAUCCUGAUGGGCCUCUCGAACGGCGUGGGAACCCUCUCCGGCAUGUUCUGUCCCAUUGUCGUACAGAUGCUCACGAAGAAAAAGACUUCGAAAGAAUGGGAGACGGUGUUCUUAAUAGCGAGCAUAAUUCAUUUUUGUGGAAUUGUGUUUUACGGUAUAUUUGCGUCCGGUGAGAAGCAGCCGUGGGCUGAUCCGAAAGAGGACGAGUACCCCCAACAGACACUCAAACCCGAUCCGAAUAUGGACAACGGUUACGGUACCUUAGGGGACAGUACCCUAGGUGACGACUACGGAUACGGGGAUGACAAGACUAAGAUCACGUACGGAGCACUUGAUAACAUUCCAGUUUAUCAAACGAAAGAGCAUUCAGUUCAGCCAGCAAAUAAAGAGGAUUACAUGAACGGCGACAUCAAUGAUAGAGAUAUAUGAUGAAACUGCAAUAAGGAUAAACUGAUUAGCUCGAGGGCUUGGGAUUUGGAGAGACUGGUAAUCGAAUCAAGUUUGAGAAAUAAAUCAAAACUGUUCAGUUCUCUUGUGACAGGUUUACAAUAGGCCAAUAGUAAUCAAAUAUAUUGUGACAACUGUAGAUGAAUACUAAGUGAUAGAUUGAGAUAGCUUCAGUGAGCGCUUGCCAUAAACCUUGCGCAUUCGUGUGGUGCGCUACUUUGUGAAUUGGUCUUGUUGUGGCGAAGAAUAAACAGCCCAAGAUUGAUGCAUAAUGCAGCUCCGAGUGGGGGACGUCUUGUGUAAUGUAUAAUUUGUGCGGGGUCGUGCAAAGGCAAAGACGCCCUCUUUUCAGAAGACAUCCAACUAGACCUGUAGCAAUGGAAAAAGCUAUUGGCUUCGCUUGUUGAUGGGACAUUGGUACCGUGACUCAGAAUGUCUAAACUAAACUGGUCUUUGGUGUUAGAUCAUAGACUUUUCAGUCAACACUCGAGAGUCAACAGCGUGCAGUCGAGGGUCAUAGGGCAGACAUCGCUCCCAGCCGGCCAAUCAUCAUUUGCCAGACCCAUGAAGGUACUCACAAGCUCGCUACUAGUAUAUUUGGCGAACAAAACCUCACACCGAAAGAGCAUCGAAUAUAUUGAGCCAAUUUUGCAAGUGGGUCACUCGAACAUUUGCUAUAGUUGCUCAAUGAAUUGAGGAUAACUAUGAGCACUUAAGCGAAUGAAAAUGGCAGAAUUUCAAAUAACCAGACACGAAUACACAGACAGCAAACAUACAUUUCGGCACCACAUUUCGUUCCUACUCAUCUUCAACUUCGCUUUUAGCAACCCCCUGUUUACCCCAAUACCCACAACUACCACCACUAGCUUUGCAUUAGAUCAGCGCAACCUCUAGUGGCCGAAUGCAUCCAUCGUAUUGUGAUAUUUACGAGCGUGUUAGAUGGCAAAUUGUUCUCAAUCUAGUCAGAAAGAAAUCUGUAACGUGACUUGCAAAUGAAAUACUGUGCUUUUAGAAAAUUUACAAAAUUCUAGAACUACUGAUUCCAAGGCGCACCUCUGUUAACUGGACUGUCAAUCUUAGAACGUCCUCAAGCGCUUAAUGCUGGCUUCAAUGCGGCGUUAUGCAUGUACCGGGAACACUGUUGAAAGUUCGUAGCGUAAACUCUAAUUUGAUAGAUACAGUAAACUUACUUUGUACAUAAGAUCUACUCUGUACAUACAAAUGUAUGUACGCACAGAUAUCUGGAGUUGAACUUUGAACUCUUGGUUGUUGUUGCCCUCUGAUGAUGGUUGUCGUGAAACCCCUCAAAUAUCGUAGGUUGUGAGGAGCGGGGAGCCGCGCCAUACGUAUCUAGACGCCAUGUACGGGUACGCGGCUGUAUUUGUGUGUACGAUUAUGUAGUAGAAUAUCGGAGUAGCUUAUAAAGUAGUAAAUGCAAUAUUUACACAAGCAUUUUUGAGGAGAUGAUAGUCUGUAUGCUUGAUUUCGGAUGGCUUUUGCCUUCGAUAAUGAGAGUAAGUUAUUAACAUGUGAUUCUGAUUAUCUGGGAGGACAAUCAGGACUCAUUACGCAUUAACGUUCGCAGCUUUCGUCACCAUCUGGAAGGAGAACCACUUAAUCGUAAAAGCACCCUGAUAUAGUCCCAGUACCUGCCCUCAAGUGACAGCUUUUGGAUGUAUGUAAAAUUCUCGUAUAAUCAAGAGGAUCACAUAGACUUAUAGAAAGCUAGAUAUAUGCAGCAAUUUGCCAAAUUGACAUUUUAGGGAAUUACAUCAACUGCUAAUUAUGCCAUUGCAUUUGGGCAAAAAAUUCUCUUCCAUAAAUGUAAAUCGUUUGAGAUUUGCCACCAUGUUAUGAUGAAUAAUAUCAGAAGUUUAUCACCAAUUAACUACUGAUACAUACACUGGUAUACACAGACGUAUGCAUGUGCAUGCAUAUUACAUGCACACAUCGGGCAAUGUACAUUAUCAUCAUCCCGCACGUACACGUACAUGCUAUAGUUUCACGUACAGGCUCACCGUUCCAAAAUAUCAUGUAUAAUUUAUUGAAUUGUAAAAAAGUUCCAUUGCAUGUGAUAUUAUGUACUUGAGUUGUCCUAUAUGUCGUCGUUUCAAGCAGAUUCACUGGAAUAGAAGUUGCAACUAAAGUAACUGCAUUUCGUAGGUACGUUACUGUUGUACAGUUUUAGUUAAGUGCAAAUACGGAGUAGGAUCACACGUUACAAGGGGUUCGUUACAGCGGUGACGUAAUAUUUUUUUGUGAUAAUUGAAAAUAUAUAUAGAGUAGGUUAGUUUGUUUAUACUGGCAUAUAAUGUAUAAAAAUAAAGUAUAUCAACGGUCAAAGCGUGAUGUGAACAUACAUAAGGUAAAUUAUCAAAUGUAUUUACGUUUUUUUGGAAAGCAAUGUUGUCUGGUUGCAAAUUGGGGGUCAAUUAUGUUGGGUUUGUCGUUUUGAUUGUAUCCGGUUGAAAUAGUUGAUGCAGCGAAAGGUCUUUGGCUUGUUACCAGUCAAGACUUACACACGAAGCGGCAAUGGCUAUUCUACCAACAACAAUUCGUGUUGCUGGUACAGCCUUCACUGCUAACCAUAAUUAUAUGAGGAAAGUAAUGUCUGGGAAAGAGUUUCGUCGACUUCAAAAGACAAAAGACUUAUGAUCCUUGCAACAUUACCAUUACCAACGGAAGCUUGACGUAUAAGAGCCGUGUAAAAAGAAACUGAGGAGACAGACGCUGAGCUAUAGAUGGACUGAAAGCACUGACACAGAAAUAGUACGUGACCUUUUCGGUACUAGGUACCUUAAAACGAUAUCCCAUCAUAAAUUGGGCAUAUUAAUGACGGCAUCAUUAGUAACAAAUCAAAUCAUGUGUAUUGGUUGAGUUGUGUCACCAGUUGAAUGCAUAUCAUUGCAGGAUCUAUGAGGAAGCAACCGUUAAUAUCGUCUGCUUCCUUGUAUCCUUUGCGCCAUGUUAAUAUUCGAUAAUUCUAAAUUAUCUUAUAAAGGUGAAAUUAAUUGUUAAUUGUUGUUAUUCACCAAUGUUUAUUUAUACUAUUAUGCAAAUUCUUCAUUUAGUUGACUCUCUGCAUUUUAAGUAGAUCUUAGAAAAACCUCACUUCUUGCCUAUCUAGUUUACAUUAUAUCGGAUGUAAGGAAAAAUGAACCUUAAAGGGCGUUGUCGUGAGAAGUGUUUCACUUAGGUGAAACCUCUACAUAUCAAAAUGCGUUACAUCAAGUCCCCUGCUUUGAAACACAUCAAACAAAAAAGAAUCGACCUGGCUCGCCAUGUACAAGUAUACUGGUACAUGCAUUUGGUACGUAUUGGGACCGAGUACUGCAUCGUCGCAUCUCCCUACAGUUUUCACAAAUAUGGGGACGUUAAACCGGUGGUUAGCUAAGCAAGUAUGAAACAAACACUGUCUUUCCGAUUGUGAUGUUUAUAAAAGUCUUUCAGCCUUCGCUAUCGUCACCAGAUUCUCUCCAAUAUGUUUCCAACAGCAAUUGUUGUAGCUUACAAAAUAUAUUUAUAAUCUUGACACGUUUUGUUUUGUGCUCUGUUGAAAGGCAUACUUCCACGUGCCCGAUUUGUAAAAUUGAUGCGUUCUGUUCAAUUAGAAUUUUCCUUUCCGCAUUGCCGUGUAGUCCAUGCAUGCAUAGCCUCAUAUCAUUAUAACAGUAGACCAUAUACACGUAGUUGAUGAUUGUAACAUGGCGAUAAUUAUAGACCCUAAUACUAUUUUCUUUGUAAAGAGAAUGAUGAGUUAAAUGCAAUAAAGAAAUGAUCGCAAUGACCAAACUA